AUGAUACAAAUAUUGUUGACAUACACUUUACAUAUAGAAAUUCAGAUUCCAUAAUUUGGCUUUGCUCACUCUUUAUUUUAUGCAUAUUUAAUGUUUAAGAACUAAUGUAAAUUAUGGAUCCUAUUCCUAAAUUUACUAUUUAUUGGAUCCUAUUGCAUAUUCAGAAUGUAUGAUCAUUUAGAUCUAUAAAUUAUCUGGACUGUAAUUCAUUAUGCUGCAAUCUAUAUUAUAUUAACAAUUAUGAAUUAUGAAGCCUUUAAAUAAUAGUAAUCUCCAUAAUUAAUAGAGAUAUUUUAAAAUUCAGAAAGAUAUAAAUGGAAAGAAAUGAGUUAACAUGAACUAUUUUAAGAUAAUUAUACUAAGAAUUUAUGUUUCAAUUAAAUAAGGGAAGGUGUAAUUCUAUAUGAAUAGGGUUAUGAAAAAUAGCCAACAUUUAUAAAUAGAUCUGCUAAAUCAAUGUUUUAGAUUUUAGAUGAAACUUAAAUAUAAACUGCAUAUUAAAACUAUUUUAAAAUAGAAAAAGCAGAAGCUAAGAAAUCUAUGUAAUCAAUAAAAAGUAUUGGAAUUGAUAUAUAAAAUUCUAUAAAGUAAUAUAGUGGAUCAUUAUCAUUUAAUUCAAAAAGUCAAUACAUUUCAUAAUAAGGAUUGAAAGAAAUGACUUUAUAAUAAAUGCUUGAUAAAAUUUGGAUUAAAUAAAAUAAGGAGAGCUAUUUAUUUUAUGUUUAAUAAUCUAAACACCUAUCUUAAGUAAUAUUAUACAUAUCAAUAGUCCUAAUAAGCUCCUAUAUUAGAAGUGAGUGUAUAUGUGAACUCUUAAAUAAAGAAAGUAAUGACAAUAAUUUGCAGAGAUUUAAGUUACAAGAAAUACAUUAAAUAAUUAUAAAGUCAUUAUAAUUAAAAAUCAAAAAUGAUAUCAUUUGUUUCUCAUGAAUUUAGAGCUCCUUUAGGUUGUAUGAUAACAAUGUUAGAACAUGUUGCAAAAGAAUAAAAUAAUUUAUAUAUUCAAAAUUCAAUAGAUAAUUCAAGAUAUUUAUUAAAUCUAUGUAAUGAUUUAUUGGAUUUGGCAUAGAUUUAAGCAAAUAAAUUUUAACUUAAAAUGGAAAGAUUUAAUUUAAAAUUGUUAUGCUAAGAAUGUUUAUAAAUGUUUAAUCUAUAAGCUGAGAAAAAACAAUUAAAAUUAUUUUUAUAGUAUCAAUCUGUUUGUCCAGAUAUAAUUGAAUAGGAUUAAAACAGAAUAAAAUAAGUAAUGAUCAAUCUAAUAGGAAAUGCAUUCAAAUUUACUUAAGAAGGAUAUAUAUCAUUAAAAGUAGAAUUAAUGGAUGACUAUGUGAUUGAAAUAAGUAUAUCUGAUUCAGGUAUAGGAGUACAAGAAUAGGAUAAAGAGAUGUUAAUGAAGGCUUUUGGAAAGAUAAACUCUGAAGAAAGCAAGAAAUUAAAUGCUUAAGGAGUUGGAUUAGGAUUAGUAAUUAGUAAUAAAAUAGCAUAGUAAUUGGGAGAUGGAUUAAGAUUUGAAUCAAUUUAUCAUAAAGGAUCAUGUUUUUCAUUUACAAUUCAUCUUUAAGAUCUAUAAAGUUAAGAAUCAAAAAUAGUUAGAUCAAACAAUAAUAAACAAUCAAUUUUAAGUGAUAGUGAAAUGAUUGAGAAUCUAAAUGAAGAUGAUGAAAGUUCAAAAGAGAUUUAAAUUAUAGUUACUUAACCAAAAAAAUAAAUAAAUUGUUCUAUUGAAUGUUGUUCUAAAAUAUUAAUAGUAGAUGAUACUUAAUUUAAUAUUGAUGCUUUGCAAAUGUUAUUAAUAAGAAUGUAUUCCUUAUUAUUUUAUCUAGAGGAGUUCAUUAAAUUGAUUAUUCAAUAAAUGGAUACAAAGCAAUAGAAAAAGUUAAAUUAAAAGAAAAAUGCAAUAAUUGUAAUUCAAAUAUGUACGGAUUAAUAUUUAUGGAUUUAGAAAUGCUAGGAAUUAAUGGAAUCAAUGCCUCUAAACAUAUAUUUUCAUAUUGUGAAGAAAAAGAUUUAAAAUCACCUAUUAUUGUUGCUUGUUCAGCUUAUCAAAAAGAAAUAGAAUUUCCAAAAUGUUAAUAAGUUGGGAUGAAAUUUUAUUUAGAAAAACCUGUUGAAAUAAGAUAACUCUAAUCUAUUAUCGAUUAUUACAGAAGUUCAAUUUGA